AUGAAGUGCAUUGUCCUCAUUGUUUUAUUCUGCGCUGCUGCACUCAACGCUCAGCCAUUUGGCUUUGGUCUUGGAAGAAUGGGCAUGGGAGGAAUCGGCAUGGGCUUGGGUGUGGGCAACGGUAUUGGCCUUGGAGGCUUGGGCGUAGGCGGAUUGGGAAUGGGGAGAUUGGGACUUGGUGGUUUGGGCGUGGGAGGAAUGGGAAGCUACGCCAAUGGCGGAGGCUAUGGUGGCCAUGAGUUUGGUAGCGGUGCCAGCGGAGUAGGUAACGCGGGUUACCAAAAUUCAGGAAUGGGUGGUUACCACAACGUCGGAGCUCAUAAUAACAGGGUUAUGUCGGUGAACCAAGCUGAGGACUCUGGUUUCCACAACAUCGGUGGUGGAUCAGCAAUCAACAACGGCGGUUUUGAAGGAAACGGAUUUAACGGUUAUCAAAAUGGCGCUUCGCAAUUCGGAAACGGUUACGGGGCUGGUGGACAAGAAGUUAUGAUAUAA